GGACAACAUGAUCCUCUCAGUCCGCCUGCCGGUGCAGAACGAAGCUCCUGGUGUGCUGGAGUACAACAUUAAAGAAGAAAAAUCAAACUACUCAAAAUUGCCCACUGAUCUACACAUUUCCCCUUUUAUUUCCUGAAGGUGGCAUUUUUCAAUGGGCUUCUAAAUAUCAGGCUGCCCAAAAAUGUCCCAGGAGAGCUGUGGGUCUCUGUUUGAUGAAUUCCAGCCUGCUGAGAAAUACGCUCUGUUUUGUUACCUUCUAUGACCUCCCAGAGCAGGGACAGUCCUAUUUAUAUAUACCACCUGCUGAAAACUUCUGUCCUUAAGCUUCAGCAGCUUUUUGUACCUAGUCUUCUUUAGCUAUAUAAUUCCUGGUGAUUUGUGGUGUUUUAUGCUAUUUAACUGUAUAUGUGAGGAGAAGUAGCAGUGGCAAGGCACUUACAUGUGGAAACUCCUGACACAGAGGGACUCAGACUAGUAUUUUUUUGUCUAACAUUCAAGCUCCCAAAUGGCAGAGCUUCCUGGCACAGAAACAAUCAAUUGUCCCAAUCUAAGCAAUUUGCUCACAUAUGUGAACAUGUACAGGUGCAGCCUGCUCUCCUGCAACUCAGAAUACCAAAGUGAACCUGUGGUUCUUAACAGAAAAAAACUCCCUUAAAACCGUCAUCUGUACAAAGGGCUUUAUUUAAUUGCUGGAGAUUUGAGUGAAUUCAGACUUUUGGGUUUUGGUUCAUUCUCCAGAACAGGACUGGGUUUUGGUUUUAGUUUUGUUUCUUGUGUCAGGACUGCAAAGCAGAUGGGUUUCAAAUUACAGAAAUUUUUCAUGGUAGAUGUUUAAUGAAAAUCCCUGACUGAAACAUGAUUCUUACCAUGGAAAAAGAAAAACUCGCCAAACAUGAUUUUUUCCAGUCGUGAGAGAAAAGUGAGGGAAAGGGAUUGUUUUGCUUGAAGUAUGUUUUAAAUUCCACAUUGCAGUCUGGUAUGGGUGCAUACACUGAGGUUAAAUUGUUCAUGCUGAUCCAACGUAAAUUGAUGCUAGGAAUGACUGUUGAGAAUUACAUGGCCUUUGUCUCUUUAAAAAAUGCCUACACUGUUGUAUUCAGCCCAAAAGAGCAACCUACUGGGCCUGGGCUAGAACAAAGGGAGAAGUAAAAGGAGGAAAUGCCUUAUUUGGGGAAUGAGAUAUGAACUUGAACAAGAGACAAUCUUGAGCAUUUCCUUGCAGUGGGAUUAUCUGCUGGCUGGAGAACAAGAGCCAGGACACAGAGUCCUGUACCUGGAAGGAUCUGUCCUUGUAUUUGAGGAUGUUUUCAAACUGGUUGCCUUCUACUGUGUCAGCAGGGAUUUGCUGCCCUUUACCCUGAGGCUGCCACAAGCAAUAUUAGAAGCCAGUAGCUUUCAAGACCUUGAAAUCAUCUCUAGUCUGGGGAUAGAUUUCUGGGAUUCCUACUUAAACCGCAGAAGAAGACAGGACCUAUCCCACUCUGCAAAAGACUCUGCCUUCCGCACUGCCCAGACAGACAGUUUAAGAUCUACCCAGUGUUUUGCAAGUAGCACAAACCACUGCUCAUGUGAAAUUGAGCUGUCAAUAGGAAAUGACAGGCUGUGGUUUGUGAAUCCUAUUUUUAUAGAAGAGUGUAGUAGUCCUUGUCCUCCAGAUGUACCUUCUCCUAAAGGCCACCCUGGGAGCAUUGAUCUCCCCCCACCCACCAUGCUUACUGAUAGGAGGUCUCCUCGACGGCCCCCUCCACCUCCACCUCCUCAUGCUCUUGUUCAGAAAUCUUCCCUGAAGCUCCCACAGGACCCCAUGACUGCCUGUGAAGAAAACAAGCUACUUAUUAAGCCACUAGGAAAGAGCAUCGAGGAAAUGAAAAUUGAGGGCGGUGACGAUAAAGAAGAAAGGAAGCGGAGCUGCCCGGCCAAUGAGCCCUUGGCAGUGAGCCCCAAGAAGGGCUCCCAGCCCUCUGCUCCCCCGCGGAGGCGGCUGAGUGAGAGGACCUUGGAGGAGAGCUGUGUGGGUAACCCUGAAAGUUGUGAAACGCUGAAGGGAGAAGGGACAGAAGAAAACCAAGACACAAGUACAGAGAGCAGAGAUAAAAUGGUGCUGUGCAAAAAGGCUGUAGAAAUGCCUGGGGAGGUUCCCAAAAGGGCUGUAUCACAAUUUCAGGAGACAAUGCCCGAACCUGCAGAGAAGAAGGAGGACAUGCCUAAGAUAAAAAGCAGUGCCAUUGAGAAAGGAAAGGCACCUCCUAUCCCACCACCAAGAAGGAAGAGGGUUUCCCAGGUACCAAGGAUCCCCAGCUCCUGCCAGCCAAAGCAAAGAACAGUGAGAGAGACGGCCGUGGCCACAGGGCAGGCUGUGUGCAAGGGCAGCCCAGCUACAGUGGCAGGUGGUGCCACUUGCACACACACCAAGACUGAACCGGGACAUGGCCAGAAAUCUGUCAGCUCAGCCGAACUGGAAGGUUCACACUUGUCCCUGGAGGACCUGGGAGGCAGCACCGCAGCUCAGGCAUCAACAUCUGAGCCGGACUCCUACUCCACCAGCAGUACAGAGGAUGACCUGGAGAUGCUGAGUAGUUCAUCUGGUAAAAAGACACGCUCCGUGAUCUUGGCCAAGGCCAAAAACAGGCUGUCCUUGGCAAACCUGUCCAACGUCUUCACAGUCUUUUUGUCUAGUGACAGGAAGUUGCAGAAGAAGAUAGUGGAGCUGGCACAGGACAAGGAUUCAUAUUUUGGCAACCUGGUGCGGGACUACAAAGUGUACAGUUUAGAGAUGAUGGCAAAACAGAGCUCCAGCACAGAGAUGCUGCAAGAAAUCCGGCUGAUGAUGACACAGCUGAAGAGUUACUUAGUGCAGAGCACCGAGUUGAAAUCUCUGAUAGACCCAGCCUCCUACACCGAGGAACAGUUAGAAGUGAUUGCUGAGACAGCUCUGUACAAAUGUGUCCUGAAACCUUUAAAGGAAGCCAUUAAUUCUUCCUUAAAAGAAAUACACAACAAAGAUGGAUCUUUACAGCAGCUGAAAGAGAACCAACUUGUGAUACAAAACACAACUACCACUGACCUGGGCGUCACAACCAGUGUGCCUGAAACUGCUGUGCUGGAAAAGAUCCUUCACAAGUUCACGGCCAUGCAUAAGACCUACUCUCCAGAAAAAAAAAUUGCCAUCUUGCUGAAGACCUGCAAACUCAUCUAUGACUCCAUGGCUCAGGGAAACCCAGGGAAGCACUAUGGUGCAGAUGACUUCCUCCCUGUGCUCAUGUAUGUGUUGGCCCGCAGCAACUUGACUGAAGUCCUUCUGAAUGUGGAGUAUAUGAUGGAGCUCAUGGACCCUGCUCUGCAGCUAGGAGAAGGCUCCUAUUAUUUAACCACCACCUAUGGGGUCCUGGAGCAUAUCAAGAACUAUGACAAAAUCACUGUCACACGGCAGCUGAGCGUGGAGGUUCAGGACUCCAUCCACCGCUGGGAGCGACGGAGAACGCUGAACAAGGCCCGGGCUUCCCGCUCAUCAGUGCAGGACUUCAUUUGUAUCUCCUUUCUGGAAAUCAGUGGUCAAUCAAGGACACUUGCUUCCCGUCACGACACCACAGCUGAGCAGCUGAGCCAGCAGUGUGCUGAGAAGUUUGAAGUGUCCCAGCCCAAGGACUAUGGACUCUUUGUUUAUGUUGAUGACCAGUGGCUGCAGCUGGACAAAGGUGCCCUUCCUCACCAUAUCAAAGCCUCCCUGCUGAAGAGCGAAACCAAGAAAGAUUUCCAUUUUAUUUAUAAACCAAUAGACCAUAAAACCCCACCAGUUCCAAUUGUCAAAGAGUCAGACUUUUCUUAAGGGCUGUGCUGCUUUUUUUCUGUCUUUGCUGUCAUCCUGGAAGAGCUGGAUAAUUUACCUUGUGAGAUCCUCUGGUGUCUGCAGACCUCAGAAGUUCUCUGGAGUGUGGCCUUCAACACAGGGCAGAUGGGCUAAUUGUAGAUGGUGUCUGAACACACGGCAUUUCUUGACAGAGGUCAUUUGCAGAAGUAAAAGGAGCAUUCAGGAGAACAUUCAUCCUCUGGAAAACUUGAAGUAUCAAGCCUCAGAACCUCUCAGUUGCAACCAGCCGACACUGCAGAAUAUAAAUGAACAGUAGAGAAAAUCCAGAGAUCUUGCAAAAAGGUAGACAUUUACUUUACAGUAAAUGAUGGCAGGUGUGAAUCACAUCUGUGCACAGGGCCUUUGAAAGGUCUGCACACCUCAAUCUGUUUGGAGGUAAGACUGUGUUUGUGCCUUACAGAAUCUGUUCACCCAGUUUGUAUAAACUGGGUCUUGUCUGAUGUAUUCAGUGGCAUAGUCUUGCCACCUGUAGCAGAACCCCAUCUGUGUCUUGCUGUCAACAGCAUGUCUUCACCUUUGAAAUCCACAUAAUUACAAAAAAUUCCUUUUUUUGUACUUUCACUAAGAAUAUAUUUUCUGCCAUCUAUCUAUUUGUCACUGAAAUCAGGUAGCAUAUGCAUUUUCAUCAAUGUAUUUUUCCUAAAGAUUGAAAGUCUUCACCAUCAGUUUUACGUGUUCAGCAGUUUUAUUCACAUUGGUUGUUUCAUAGUGUCUGCUUAAUUGUAUAUUUAUUUCAAUGUGUGAUAUGGUGCAAUUAUUUUAAAACAAGCCUUUGUAAAGAACUUAAUAAUUUGCCCAGUGUAUCAAAACCGAUUAAAAUUUGAAAGUCAAAAGGAGUUAGAAUUAAAUACCAAUCCCUUUUUACAUGCUGUCAUUUUCACAAGUGUUAUCCUACCUAUAAUUCCCACCAGAUUAUUACUUUAAUAAAUUCAGGCUGUUGCAGACAGAA